AUGAGUGCCACUCACAGCCACAUCAGACCCAACACAUAUCUAUUCCUGCGCCUCCUCACCGAGACGCUCAAGUUAGUCGAGAUCAAACUAAAUACGUAGGUUCUAACAUUUCCAUCCGUCAGACUCGAGCCACAAGAUGCGCAUGCGAUGACUCCUGCAAGCCAUACACGAUACUGAGAAUGGCGCAGGAUCGUCGAGGUCGGCAAGUUGGGCUCCUUUCCUUCCAAUCUGCUAGUCGGUCGGCCUUACUACCACACCUAUGAGAUUCUGGAAAAGAAGGAAGGAGAGCUGUAUUCGAGGCUGAGAAUCGUGCCACCGGCAGAGCUGCAUGCUGAAGCAGGCCUGGACGAUGCGCCAACACCGACCGAAUCGAGAGAAGAUACCGCGACACCCGUACCGGGCGAUGCUUUACCUACAAGCCACGACCUGCUGUCAGAAGAAGAAGCGAAGAACAAUCGUCUAACCGUCGAUGAUGCAAGCCGACAACAGCUCACGCACGCUGCAAUUGAAGAGCUGAAGAAAUCUGCGGGUGGGAAAGAGGUCAUUGAGAGGAUUUUGGCGAAUCACAAGGGCUUGGACGAGAAGACUGCUUUCGCAAAGGCCAAAUACAUGGCACGGAAGAACAAGAAGUAUCUGAAGAGAUUCACGGCGCUGCCCAUGGACCUUGGAGAGUUGAUCGACUAUGUCAUGGAGAAGGAGCCACCUCGAAUAAUGGAGAUGCGAGAGGAGGCCCUAGGCUUAGUGGGUGCUUGGAGUCAUGCCCAUUUCAGCAGCUUUGAUGUACCAGAGACAGGGAAAGGCAUCGGCGGGAGAUGGUUAGUAAUUGAUGAGGCAGGCGGGCUUGUCGUUGCCGGGCUGGCUGAGAGGAUGAAUCUACUAUAUCCACCAUUGCCGAAGGACAAAGAUUCGAAGCAGUCCAAUGGCGCGCUCAGCGCGGACAAUGGCGACGGCGACGUGACGAUGGAAGAGAAUCAACCCGUUUCAAAUGGCACUGCAAGAUCAGCAAAGCCAUCGCAUCGAGACUUCCCACCACCCGCAACGACAAAUUCCAUCACCCUCCUGCAUCCCGCGGUACAGCCCAACUUAUCGCUGUUGAAAUACUUUGGCUACGACACCAGCAACCCCGAACGUCCGGGAGAUAUCGAAGAAGAACAUCCGCUCCAUACUCAUCUCAAGCACCUCUCAUGGCUUCAACUCCUGCACCCAGAAGAAGACCCGACCUACACUGAACCGGAGAGUGUCACCGAAGAUGUGCUGGCAUCUUGGAAAUCCGGCAAGCGAGGCAACUACUACAAAAAGCGCCGCCGUUGGUCAAGAUGCAAAGCGAUCGUCGACGAAACACGUGCUGGAGGCUUCGAAGGUCUAGUCAUCGCCUCCCAUAUGGAUCCAGUCUCCAUCCUCGAACACACGGUCUCACUCGUCCGAGGUGGAGGACACAUCAUCAUCUACUCUCCAACCAUUGAACCCCUAGUCAAAGCUGUCGAUAUGUACAGCAAGGAAAGACGUUCCGCAUACAUAGCCCAUCUAAGCAAAGGCGAGAUUCCAGAUGCUGAAGAUUUUCCCGUGGACCCACGACUGCUUCUUGCGCCUUCAGUGCAGACGAGCAGAGUAAGGGAAUGGCAGGUCUUGCCAGGGAGAACACAUCCGCUCAUGACUUCGAGAGGAGGCGCGGAAGGCUAUGUCUUCACCGCAAGGCGAGCUAUUCCAUUGGAAGGCGGAGUUGAAGCGAGAGGGGUUUUUUCUGCCAAGAAGAGGAGGGUUGCUGCUACGAACACUUCCACAGAGGACUCCACAGCGACGACAGCAACCCCAUCUUGA